GCUCCUUUCCUAAGGCUUCACCGUAGGCAUCCGGGAAUAUGCCUUCACAGAGGCUGGAGAGUGCUUAGAGGUGGAGUCCCAACUCAGAAUGGGAAAGCCAUGCUCGUUCAUCUGAAAAGCACUGACAUUGUGGAAAACAAGAAAAAGAUGUUAGCGGCGCGGGCAAGGGAGGCGAAGCAGGCGCGGCUUGGCCACCUCAAGCCGACAGACAAGGAAGGACCGGCUGCGACACGAGGAAGAAGGCCCGUUGCCCGGGCCGGGUGCUGUCUUCGCUGGUUCCCGGGUUCUCCCGCUGGCUCUCCGACCGCUCCCUGCCUCUCCUCCCCCAGGGACCGGGAACUGCGCCCUCAUGGCUGAGGUGAAGGUGAAGGUGCAGCCGCCCGACGCGGAUCCGGUGGAAAUAGAAAACAGAAUUAUAGAAUUAUGUCAGCAGUUCCCUCACGGAAUCACAGACCAAGUAAUUCAGAAUGAAAUGCCUCACAUAGAAGCCCAGCAACGGGCAGUGGCCAUCAAUAGACUGUUGUCCAUGGGUCAGUUGGAUCUCUUAAGGAGCAAUACUGGCCUUCUGUAUAGAAUAAAGGAUUCUCAGAAUGCUGGCCCUGUCUCAUUCUUUUUAAGUAAAAUGAAAGGAUCAGAUAACCAAGAAAAGCUAGUAUAUCAAAUCAUAGAGGAUGCAGGAAAUAAAGGAAUAUGGAGCAGAGAUAUCCGAUACAAGAGUAACUUGCCAUUAACAGAAAUUAACAAAAUUCUAAAGAACUUGGAAAGUAAAAAGCUUAUCAAAGCUGUUAAGUCUGUGGCAGCCUCAAAAAAGAAGGUGUAUAUGCUCUAUAACCUGCAGCCAGACCGGUCUGUGACUGGUGGAGCCUGGUACAGUGACCAGGAUUUUGAAUCUGAAUUUGUAGAGGUGCUUAACCAACAGUGUUUUAAAUUCCUACAGACCAAGGCAGAAACAGCACGAGAAAGCAAACAGAAUCCGAUGAUACAAAGAAAUAGUUCAUUUGCUUCAUCACAUGAAGUGUGGAAAUAUAUCUGUGAAUUGGGGAUCAGUAAGGUAGAGUUGUCCAUGGAGGACAUUGAAACCAUCUUGAAUACGCUCAUUUAUGAUGGGAAAGUGGAGAUGACUAUCAUUGCUGCAAAAGAAGGCACAGUUGGCAGUGUAGACGGACACAUGAAACUGUAUAGGGCAGUCAAUCCAAUCAUCCCACCCACAGGUUUGGUCCGGGCCCCCUGUGGACUCUGCCCGGUUUUUGAUGACUGCCAUGAAGGUGGUGAGAUUUCACCAUCUAAUUGUAUUUACAUGACAGAGUGGCUCGAAUUUUAAUAGAGAGCUAUGAACUUUACUGACAUUUUGCAAAUGAAGUUACUUCAGGAGCAAAUAAUUUAAUUCAUGAUGGAACAUCAAAUUCCCAGGAAAGCCAACUUCACAAUAAUGGAUACAGACUUGCUGCUCUGAAAAUAUAUUUUAUUAUCUAUGAAGACUAAAUUUAUAUUGGUAGAGUAGCCAACAGACUAUGAAGCAGGUAAGGUUAGUAGUGAAAUCCACUCUUAAAUAAAUAAAAUACUUUGAAGUUCUGGAGGACCACCUUCUGAAGCUUUCACGACUUUUGAUGUUUCAAGGAAAAAGAAACCAACAAAUCCAUGUUUACCAAGUACUAUGACAAUGGCUAGAGCUUAAAAAUGCCCAUUAUGAGAUAUUUAUUAAGGUCUUCAUUGGAAAUUUUUUAUAUCUGGUUCACUAUCACCAUUUCUGUUUUCUAUUUUCUCAAUGGUUUCAUUGAGAAGAAAUUAAAAGUGGCAAAGGCAGGAAUUGCAGGAGAGUAUACACAAACUUGGGGCAUGACUGGGGAGGAAGUGGAACAUCCCUUUUCCACACACUAUUAAUUCCUUUUUAUGUCAGAAAUAUUCUUUCAGAAGAUUAUGUCACUGUACUUACCUCAAACGCAAAUGAUGACUAUUGUCAAGGAUAUGUUUUCAGUGCAUAAAUAUUAUCAUUCUCAUCCUAAAGUGAGUAUUUUUCACUGGUCCUUCUUUGUUAAAGUCUUACAAGUUUCACUCUGUGGCUCAGUUGUAUUAUUUGCUGGAAUUCUCCCCUAGAUUCUUAUUAUUUAAUAAAAAUGAAAACUAAAAAUA